GAGGGGGCAAUAUGUGUGGAAAGUGGGAUUCAUGUACAGUACAGCCGUAUAGGAGAGGAGGUGGGCAUGUGAGGGUUAAAGUAUCUAUACUAUUCCCAUCUCUCUCUCUCUCUCUCUCUCGUUUAUAUCGACUUCUCCGCCGUGUGAAUCUCGCCGUCGCCGACUUGCAGGAGUAUUCUAGAUUCCAGAUCUUUAGUGGUAAUGGCUACGGACUCUAAGAAAGACCAGAAAGAAGUUGCAGAGAUCGCAGGAGAUCUUUCAGCUACAGCUUCAGAGGAGAAAACGAUGAAAAAGAAGAAAAGGGGAAUUCUUUCUCGAAUAUGGAACUGGGUAUUUAGGUUACACGGUGAUGACUUUGAGAAAAGACUGCAGCAUAUUUCCAAGGAAGAGGCUGCUAUUGUUGCUAGAUUAAAAAGGCGAUCUAUAAAUCGGAGGGGGGUGACCAAGUAUCUUAUUAUUUUUUCUGUACUUCUUGAGUUAUUUGCAGUGUGUUAUGCUAUCAUGACAACAAGGUCAUUGGAUUUGAACUGGAAGAUGAGAGCGCUACGUGUGUCACCUAUGUUUCUCUUGCCUGUUCUGUCGUCACUCUCUUAUUCAGCUAUUGUAAGCUUCACAAGGAUGCGUGAUCGUAAGGAUCAGAAAACUUUAGAAAGGCUUCGGGCUGAACGACUAGAAAAAAUAAAUGAACUUAAAGAGAAGACGAACUAUUAUAUUACGCAACAACUUAUUCAGAGAUAUGAUCCUGAUCCCGCAGCAAAGGCAGCUGCUGCAACUAUCCUUGCUUCCAAGUUGGGUGCAGAUUCUGGCUUGAAACUGUAUAUGGGGGAUGACUCAAAGUUAAAUCCCUCAACAGGGAAGAGCAGUGAUGUUGAAAAUGUGCAAUCUAGUGGUCUAAGAAAUCGCAAGCAACAACUCUCUAGAUCCAGUAGCGGUUCAAGUGCUGUAAUGCAACAGUUAGAAGGGGAAAUGAUGCAACAUGCUGCAACUGAGGGAUCUGAUAUGGCUAGACAUGACCAGAUGGUUGUUGAACAUGAAAAUCCUACAAGUUUGCAUGCGCAGGACGGCGGAUGGAUUGCUCGAAUUGCAGCUUUGCUUGUAGGAGAGGAUCCAACUCAAUCUUAUGCACUUAUAUGUGGCAACUGCCAUAUGCAUAAUGGGCUUGCAAGGAAGGAAGAUUACCCAUACAUAACUUACUAUUGCCCACACUGCAAUGCCUUGAAUAGGCCAAAACAACUGGAAGGCAGUUCCCCUCCAGGUAGUUCACUGGUCAGUUCCCCUAUAUCUGGGCCUUUAAAACCGGUGGAUGAAGUUAGUGUGGACCAAAAUGUUAGUAAACCCACGAGUGACAGAGCAUCUGAUAGCAGUAGCCCUGUGGCAGCUGCAGUUGAGAACAGAGAAGCAACCGAGACGAGAGUGUGUGAGGGUGAAGUAAGCUGAUUGCUGGUUUUUAUGGAAGAGGAUACCAUUAGGCGCUUGCCUUUACAGUUGGUAGAGCCAAGCCAUGUCAAGUAUUGUGAUUGUGACGGUUUGCUUGGGGUUUGUAGCAAAGAUAUGGUUCUAUAUAUAAAAUAUACACAUAGCAGAACUCUUGGAAUAGAUUGCACAGCUUUACCUGAAUAUUUGUAAAAGUAGCUUUGGUUUCCUUGGCGUAAGCAUUUACUGAAAUUCCCCUGUUGUGAAUUUGUAUGAGGUAUUGAGGUUUUAUUUAUCACAA